AAGUAACUGUUUACUCUGCCCGCCUUCCCUGAUAAUAGGUCAGUCCCGAGGGCUAGAGAAGAGUGAACUGGCAGAUUCUUUCUUCUUCUGCCUCUACGCUGCUAUGCACCACAGCAAGGACUGCACAGUGAUGUGGGGGUUCACCAUUUCUAUCCUACUCCUUUCAUUGGAAAGCCUUCGUGCCUGUCCAGAUGAGUGCCGUUGUGAGGAUAAAGCUGGUGUUCCAACGGGAGACUGUGAGGGCAGGGGGCUUUAUUCACUGCCACCAGGCAUCCCAAAAGAGGUGGGGACCCUGAUCCUGAAGAACAACUCCCUGGAUCACCUGCCGUCCGAUUCCUUUGUGAACUUCACCCAGCUUCAAACCCUCCACCUCCAGAGGAACUGGCUGGUGACCCUGCCUGUCAGCCUCUUUUCCUCGCAGUCCCAGCUCACUGUUCUCUAUCUCUACGGGAAUCGCCUCACGUCACUCCCAGACCACAUAUUCACACCAGUGCCCAAGCUGGAGCAGCUACACCUGAGCGGGAAUCAGCUGGCUCAUUUCUCAGACGCUGUGUUCGCUCCUUUGGUGAAACUCAAAACCCUGCUCUUAUCAGGCAACCGACUGCAGGCUCUCUCCCCCAACUCAUUCCAGAACCUCCAGAAACUCAGAGUCCUGUCCCUGUCCUCGAACAAGCUCACUUCCCUCCACAAGGACCUCUUCCGGCCCCUGCGUUCGCUCCGUGUCUGCACCCUGAACAACAAUCAGCUUGCCCAGCUCCCAGAGUCAAUAUUCAGGGGUCUGCAUGACCUCUACUGGCUCACCCUGGCUCAUAACUCUCUCCGUCACUUACCUGUGAACCUUUUCCAGCAAACGCAAAUCAAGCACCUCUACCUGUACAGCAAUCAGCUGCAGAGUCUUCACGCAGGGCAGCUCCAGCCUCUGCCAGACCUUCAAACCGUGAAGCUGAACGGAAACCAGCUUGAGGUUCUGCCCUCAGGAUUCUUUGCCAACCUGCCGAAGCUGAGCACUGUGACCGUCUAUGACAACCCCUGGAGGUGUGACUGCAGCAGCAGUUACAUGCGAGGGUGGGUCCGUGAUCACGGGCAGCUGGUAAAGAGUCAAGGUCUGCAGAGCGGCGGGGCAGUGAUGUGCGACAGCCCCACACAGGUCAGGGGGCUGCCCAUGGCAAAUCUCACGGAUGCAGACUUUUCCCACUGCUGAGUAAAAUCAUAUAAGAAACUCAUGCCAGUGUUUUUAUUAUAAAAUGUAUCAGACACAUUCUAUAUAAACAUAUUAAAUACAUUCACUUUAUUGUA